CCUUGCCCUCCCAAACCUGCAAGCGCCACCUCUGGAAGAGGUGUAGGCAGUACAGCGGGAAUGCGCUGGGUACCGCAGCGUGGCAACGUAACUGUGCAGAGGUGCGAGCUUCCGGAAGGUACUGCUCAGUGCAUGGUGAGUUCAAGGGCGGUGGAAACUGCAGGUUCAUGACCUGGUUCGGUGAACGUGCAAUCGGUCGACUGGUUACUACAGUAGGUCAAGUUAGGAAAGGAACUCCGCCAAAGAGUACUGAGUGAGUGCCAAAAUGGCGCACAGGUGUGGCGCUGUUGGUGUGUCGGCUCGGGCUGCUGCUGCUCAGUCGGCGACACUCACACAUUCUGCAGCAGCACUGUCGAAAGAACUGUUUGGCGGCGCACUUCUUCACUCUGGUGCAGUCGAUUCCUCACGUGCGGCGAAGUUCGUGCAUGCUGGCCGUCUUUCUAACUUUGUCACUGAUGUCGCCAGUUCGAAUCUUGCGCUUUCGUCGUCGUCGACAUCCUCGUCACGCAGCGCAAUUGACCGAUCAGCCGCUGCAGCAAGGGACGCUCGCCGCUUCCGCAGAACUGCUGUGUCCAUGUGUCGCUUUCUCAACAUUCUAUCCAUGCGCCGCUUUCCGGGGAUCCCUUCCACAUGCCGCUCUCCGCAAACUUUGAUCUCGACUCCAACGACGUCGUCGUCUGUGGUCAGUAGUUUCGCAGCUCUUUCCGGAUCGUUGCCAGCAAGUGGGUGGAAAGAGAGAGGCAUGUUGAAGGCUUCAUCGUUGAGCGACGUGUCACGAAGGCGGGGUGAUGGGUCGUCGGCCGAAUGCAAAUCGUCUCCCUGCUGGGGUAAGAGGAGAGGGGUUGGGGGUGUUUCUCAGGCAGAAAGGACGGUCUAUAGCAGUUCAGCGGCUGCGCAAGCGUCAGAUGAACUGGCCACCACGUCAGCGGUGGAAACUGACCAAGGCAGGAGAACGGAGGAGGGGGCACAAGAUGCGCUUCGCUCGGAGAGAAACACGUGGCCUAGCGAUUGGCGGGGCUUCCCUGCCUUAGGCGCCAGAGAGAGGAAGGAACUUCGGGCUUAUGCGAACGGACUGGGGAAAUCGUUAGUCGUAUGGCAGAUUGGUAAAUCUGGCAUCAGCAAUUCCGUCGUUUCGUCAGUGACGGAGGCCUUAGAAGCCAACGAACUAAUCAAGGUGAAGAUUCUAGAUAAUUGCGAGGACGAUGUGUCUGUGGUCGCAGAUAAGCUGGAGAGAAAGACGAAGUCCCAGGUCGUCGGGAAAGUAGGACGGACCCUGCUGCUCUAUCGCCCAAGCUUGCGCAAGGCUAGAGAAGCAGCUGCAGCAGAUUCUUCUGAAGUAGGGAGUGCGCGUAGGGGCCGAUCUGGUCCAAACUCAAGGUACCGGUCGGGACCUUCAAGAAGUCCCAGAUCAAGUUCUCAAGGAUCAUAGUGAUAAUGGCGAUAGUCCUUUUCUGAUUGACAAGAGGUGUUGUCUCUCCUUGUUGACGGGCUUUACUCAUU